CUCGUUCCGACCUUUUCCUCUGCUGUUCUGCAACAUGGUGCGGCACAACCCAGGCGCCAUGCACUGGGUUUCGCCUUUUGUAAAAGUAAAGGAUGUUUCCGGCCUAGGUAUUGAAAGCUUGAAGUUGGGGUGGCUAGUCUACCAUUGAUAGGGCCGUGCGUUAGCGUUUGAGCUCGUCAUGUAGCUUCUUGAGGAUUGGAGGCCCGCUCUGAGAGCUUCAGCCCCAAGAGUUGCAGCCAAGCUUUCUGAUCCAAUUCUUGUGGGGCGCUCGCAGUGAGAAUUUGUUUUAACCCAUGCCAGAGUAUGCGUCCACGGGGCCAAUAAGUUGGGCCUGAUCAGGCAUCGCGUCGACCAGGUGCUGAGGCCGACAAUGUCAGAGAUAGGUGAUCCGCAAGUGCAGCUCCAAGACCGCUGCAUCUGACCGCCCCCCAUGGAACAAACCACCGCAGACCCCCCUCCGGAAGGGGGGGCCUCUCAUACCGAGGCCCCUGGAAUCCUGCCCUUUGCUUCAGCAGACAAUCCCGAGCUCAUAAUGGAGGCUCUGCAGAGGAACCGCGCGUGUCAGAAGUCAAUGACGGCAGUCCUCGAGGCGAUCCAGGAACGGAUCCGCGCGAACGCGAUGCUCCAAAAGAAGGUACGGGCGGUGGUCAAGGCGAGCAAGGAGGUGGGGGCGAAACCGAAGGAGGCGGACAUGGGGGUGCGCACGGCGGGGCUGGAUUGGCCCGGGCGGAAGAAACCCAAGUCGAGGCGCACCGGCUGCAGCAGAAUCUUCGUCGCACUGGAUGGUACGGGCCCCGAGGAAAACCCCGACAUCGCGCGCACGCAGCCGGUGCGGGCGGUUUUGGCGGCAUGCGCGCGGGAGCAGCGGUGGAGCGAGGCGGACAAGGAGCGGCUGCGGGGCGCGGUGCGGCUGCAGGUGCAGGAGAAGUGGGUCACGGAACUGAUGGCCGCGCUGCAAAGAGAGGGGCGCGAACAAGGCACGGGCGUGUCACUGAGCGCACUGCACAGUGGGAUGGCUCAGAUGAGGCAGCGCCCAGUGACCGAUGAUGACAUCACGGCCGCGCUUCCGACCUUGGACUGGGAGAACGUGAUGACGAAAGCAAAGCUGGUCGGGAAGACGGCGGAAGACUGCCAAGCCUGUUGGACCGCCGACUGCGCUCCGGGGAUCAACCGCGGUCCGUGGACCCUCGAUGAGGACGAGCAACUAAAGGAGCUCGUGACUAAGCACGAGGGACACGACUGGGUGUCGGUUGCUGCGGAGCUGGGGACUGGGAGGACCGCCGCGGCGUGCUUGAUGCACUACCAACGAGACCUCCGAGAAGAGAGGCCCGAGCCAAGUGCCUGUGAAUCCUCUGGCGUAGUUGGCACACCGGUACCCGACAUGGAAAGCCGGCCGGAGCCAGCGCAACGCCGCGGGCCUGGACGGCCACCAGCGCAAUGGAGACACAAGCUGGGCCCCGUGCGUAAGCAGCUGUGGACGGAGGAGGAAAACCUGCGGCUGCGCUACGCAGUGGCGGCAUUUGGCACCACCUCCUGGGUCCACGUCGCCGAAGUCGUGGGCACAAGGACGGACCCGCAGUGCAGGGAGAGGUGGGUGAACGUGCUGGACCCGUCGGUGGACCAGUCCCCCUGGACAGCGGAGGAGGACGCGCGGCUGGAGGCGCUGGUGCGGCAACUAGGGGCGGGCAAGUGGGCGCAGCUCGCGGACGAGUUCAACGCGGGGCGGCCGCUCAAGCGCACCGACGAUAGGCUGCGAAAGCACUACGAAGCCCUAGUUACUAACAAGAUGAUCGAGCCAAUCACCACCGUUCCCUCGCCCGCUGCCCCCCCGGAGCUACAACUGACCGUCGCCGACUCGAACGCAUCGCGCCUCAUCCGCCGGCGCGAAGCAGCUCAAGCCCGGGAGGCCAAGCGAAAGACCGCCAUCGUACCGCGCGAGAAAAUCACAGAGAUCAGUCAUUCGAAACGGGGCAGAAAGCCCAAGCAAGCAAAGGAAACGGCGGGAAUAAGAAAGACGGGGAAGAGCCGGCUACCGCCCCCCCUGGCGCUCUCAAAGGCGGUUCCUCCGCCUUUGGAACCGGGGCUUUCAAAUGUUUUGCGGUUGGUGCAUGCGAAGAAGGUGCAGCCGACGCACGUGGGGCGGACCGGGAAACCCGCGGCGGUGGUCGACGGGAAGAGCGUGCACUUUAUGCAGCGGCAUGUGCAGCCGGUCAUUCCCGUAGCACGGCCGGUGACUGCAAGCCAACCCCCUCCAGUUAUAGCGCAAGCAAACGGACAUUUAGGAGUAGGUCAAAUAAGAGGCGACCAGCGAACAGGGGCUCGGGCCAAAGGGGCGCCGCGAGGACCCGUUGCCGUCAGAGUGUCGAAACCAAAGCUCACCCUAGAAGAGAGACUGGCGCAGAGAAGGGAGAAAGACAGGAGGCGCCGUGCAGCGGAUCGGGCGGAACGAGAGGCAGCGGAAGAGAGGAACGGCACGGCGGCGGAGCGGGUGGCGGCGCGGCUAGGGAAGGAGCAGGAGCGACAGGAGAAGCGGCAGCGGAAGGAGGAAGAGCGAAAACGGAAGGAAGAGGCACGGAAAAGAGCGAGGGAAGAGACGCGAAGGAGGUUACAGCAAGAAAGAGACGAGGCGCAAAAGAAAAGAGAAGCGAUGAAGGAGACAUUGAGGAGAGAAAGGGAGGAAGCGCGGGCGAAACGGAUGCGGGAGAAAGAAGCGGAGAAAGAGGCGAAGCAGCGGAAGAAGGCGGAGGAAGAUGCGGCGACAGGGGCGGAAGGGACGGGAAGGAAAGCCGCGGCGCAUGGGGGCCGCGAAGAAACGCAAGUGGGGAGGGCAAAAGUGCAGCGACCAGUUUCGAAGAAAGUCAGGAAAGACGAGGGGGUCGGGACUGCUACCGGCAAAGGUGCACAAAAGAAAGGAGGGCGGGGCGCGAGAGUUGGGGUGCGGGUGGGGCCAGCGAAGAAGGGGGCCGUGCAAGCGGACGGGAAAGCGCAGCGGGGAGCGACGCGAGGGAAGAAGGAUGCGAAAAAGAAAGCGGCGGUGGGUCGGGGGGCUCGGAAGGGGGGCGAUCAAAGAGCGGAAAAAAGAGCGGACGGGGAAGCAGCGGAACAAGCUCGCGGAAGCAGAGCCCAGGGGGCAAGCCCCGGGGGAAGAAGCUCUCAGCGGCUUAGGGCUGUGGGGAGGCCGGUGACAGAGAGAAGCGGCAACUCGGGGGCUGACGAUUUGGAACGGAACGCAACGGAAGGGAAGCGGAAAAAGGCAGGGAGGAAGCGCGCGGCGGAGCCGGAGGGCAGCCAAGGGAGGCCUGCCAAGAGGGGAAAGGUGGAAGAAGGAACGGGGACCGAAGAAGGGACGGAGGUGGUCAGGGUGACCCGGAGUCGCCAGGAACUGGUCACAAGCACGAGGAAACGACGGAGAGAAGAAGGUGACGAGCAACAGAGGGGAGGGACGAGGGAAGGUGCUGAGAAAGGGCCGGGAGAGAGGAGGGGGAAGAAGGGGAGAGUGGAAGGGGCGAAAGGUAACAACGAAACGAUUGUGCAAGCGGGGGAGAAGAAAGAUGGAAGAAAAGUGAAAGGGAAGUUGGACAAGAAUAAGGAGCCGGGGCGUAUGACGAGGAGCACACACAUGCAGGACGCGGCACGCGUGACAAGGAGUGGGGAGCGAGGGACACGACGAAGCGAACGAGAGCGGGGCGAAGGAAAGAAGAGGGACGGUGGGGUUGGGGAGGUUGGACCGGGAAAGCGGGACGAGAAUGGGAAGAAAAGCGUGUCGCCUACGAGAUCCUUGAGGAGAGUUUCUCGAGACGGGGGUAGUGCAGGAGAGGAGACUGGGGUAGACGUCCGGGAAGAGAAAGAGAGCAAACCACGUCAACGGACCAGUAGACUGGGGUCGGCAGACAUAGACGAGGUAUCGGGUACCGAAGGUUCAGAAUGUUCGGAAGAAUCAGAAAUCGAUGGGCGGGUAUGCGCGCCGGCGCGCAGUCCCGAGAAGCGGACACGAGCCAAGAAGACUGCCGCAGAUGCCGAACCCGGCAACGACGUGACGUCACCUGACGGGAAGCUGCCGGGCGGGCGCGAAACAAGGGGGAGGAAGGGGCGAGCAGAGGCGGCGGUCUGGGGGGUGCCAAAAGUGCGCGAGCGAGAGGGGGAAUUAGAGGCCGCGGGGAAGCGAGUUCCGGAGCAGGAACGCAGUUUGCGUGCGGGAGACAAGCGGGAAGGCGGAGGAGUGCCGUCCGGAAAGAAAAAGCGGAAAAGGCCGCCAACGCAAGAGGGUCGGGCGGCGACGCUACCAUCGAAGGACCCGAGGACAGGAACACGAGGGGCUGAGAAGGUGCGAGGCAAGCAGGCGCCGCCGCGGGAGGCGAAGUCGGACCAGCUAGUUCAGGAUCGGUCCUCGACAAGAAAAACGAGGCUUACUGAUACGGAACCAAGGAGAUCAUUGCGCAACAGCAAACGGAAUACAUGAUUCGACAAGGGGGAGCUUCAGGCAGUCACGCUACUGAAGAUUGAACGUUCGAGCAGCAAAUAGGAUGGAGCUAGCUGUAACCGGACGAACGUGGUUUUAUACCGGCCUUGGGUGCAUUGUUUGGAACCCCUUUCGGUGUCAGUAGUUGAAUCAUAAUGCAAAAGCCGUGCUAUGUUUUGUUGCCAGGCUUGAUUAUUGAAUGACUUCGCAUGCAUGCAAAUUACCCUCAAGCGUUAUAGAUCACAUUUGACGUUGUCACUCGUGUGGCAGACAGCUUAGUUUAGGCUUGAGGUGCCGAUGCUAGACGUCGAU